CCUUUCAAGGGGCGGAACCGUGAGACCACUGAGAUAUAAGGAGUAGUAAGGUCCAACUGGCUAAGCUCGGUAGUCCACUGGUUCGUCUAGGCCGACCGGGAAGCCGCCGGCGGCUGAUGACGCGCACGUCUCCGUCCUCCUCUUACCGCCCCUCGGGAUGGCGCUCGUUAGUGACGUUAUGGGUGUGAUGGCCGCCGCGAGGCCGGGAAGGUGAAGGCGGGACAGGUGGAGUCAGCACCAUCUACAGCUAAGCUUGACCUGAGACAGCAGAGGAGAACUCGGAUUUUUUAAAAAAUUUUUUGACUCCAGCCAUAUUCAUGAUGCCCAUGCUGUGAAAGAAAGUCUCUUACCAUCCAGAAACGCGAUGUCCCUGCUCUUCUCUCGAUGCAACCCCAUUGUCACAAUCAAGAAGGAUAAGAGACACAUGGCUGAAGUGAAUGCAUCCCCUCUGAAGCACUUCGUUACUGCCAAGAAGAAGAUCAAUGGCAUCUUUGAGCAGCUGGGGGCCUACAUCCAGGAGAGCGCCACUUUCCUUGAAGACACCUACAGGAAUGCUGAGCUGGACCCUGUCACGACGGAAGAGCAGGUUCUGGAUGUCAAAGGCUACCUGUCCAAAGUGAGGGGCAUCAGCGAGGUGCUGGCCCGGCGGCACAUGAAGGUGGCCUUUUUCGGCCGGACAAGCAAUGGGAAGAGCACUGUGAUCAAUGCCAUGCUGUGGGACAAGGUUCUGCCCUCCGGGAUUGGCCACACCACCAAUUGCUUCCUGCGGGUGGAGGGCACUGACGGUCACGAGGCCUUCCUGCUCACCGAGGGCUCGGAGGAGAAGAGGAGCGUCAAGACUGUGAAUCAGCUGGCCCAUGCCCUGCACCAGGACGAGCAGCUACACGCCGGCAGCCUGGUGAGCGUGAUGUGGCCCAACUCCAAGUGCCCGCUGCUGAAGGACGACCUGGUGCUGAUGGACAGCCCUGGGAUUGACGUCACCACCGAGCUGGACAGCUGGAUUGACAAGUUCUGCCUGGACGCUGAUGUGUUUGUGCUGGUGGCCAACUCAGAGUCCACCCUGAUGCAGACGGAGAAGCAAUUCUUCCACAAGGUGAGCGAGCGGCUCUCCCGCCCAAACAUCUUUAUCCUGAACAACCGGUGGGAUGCGUCCGCCUCGGAGCCUGAGUACAUGGAGGAGGUGCGGCGGCAGCACAUGGAGCGUUGCACCAGCUUCCUGGUUGAUGAGCUGGACGUGGUGGAUCGAGCCCAGGCCGGGGACCGAAUCUUCUUUGUGUCUGCCAAGGAGGUGCUCAAUGCCAGGAUCCAGAAAGCCCAGGGCAUGCCGGAAGGAGGUGGCGCUCUUGCAGAAGGCUUUCAAGUGAGGAUGUUUGAGUUUCAGAAUUUCGAGAGGAGAUUUGAGGAGUGCAUCUCCCAGUCCGCAGUGAAAACCAAAUUCGAGCAGCACACAGUCCGGGCCAAGCAGAUCGUGGAGGCCGUUCGCUUCAUCAUGGACUCCCUGCACAUCUCGGCCCAGGAGCAGCGGGUCUACUGCCUGGAGAUGCGCGAAGAGCGGCAGGACCGGCUGCGGUUUAUUGACAAACAGCUGGAGCUCUUGGCUCAGGACUACAAACUGCGGAUUAAGCAGAUCACGGAGGAAGUAGAAAGGCAGGUGUCGACUGCGAUGGCUGAGGAGAUCAGGCGCCUCUCUGUGCUGGUCGACGAGUACCAGUUGGAUUUCCACCCUUCUCCGGUCGUCCUCAAGGUCUACAAGAAUGAACUGCACCGCCACAUAGAGGAAGGGCUGGGCAGAAACAUGUCUGACCGCUGCUCCACGGCCAUUGCCAACUCCCUGCAGACCAUGCAGCAGGACAUGAUCGAUGGCUUGAAGCCCCUCCUUCCUGUGUCUGUGCGGAAUCAGAUAGACAUGCUGGUCCCUCGCCAGUGCUUCUCCCUCAGCUACGACCUCAACUGUGACAAGCUGUGUGCUGACUUUCAGGAGGACAUUGAGUUCCAUUUUUCUCUUGGAUGGACCAUGCUGGUGAAUAGGUUCCUGGGCCCUAAGAACAGCCGUCGGGCCUUGAUGGGCUACAAUGACCAGGUACCUCGUCCUGUUCCGCUGACGCCUGCCAACCCCAGCAUGCCGCCCCUGCCGCAGGGCUCACUCACCCAGGAGGAGCUCAUGGUCUCCAUGGUCACCGGCCUGGCCUCUCUGACCUCCAGGACCUCCAUGGGCAUCCUCGUGGUUGGCGGCGUGGUGUGGAAGGCGGUGGGCUGGCGGCUCAUCGCCCUCUCCUUCGGGCUCUAUGGCCUCCUCUACGUCUACGAGCGCCUGACCUGGACCACCAAGGCCAAGGAGAGGGCCUUCAAGAGGCAGUUUGUGGAGUAUGCCAGCGAGAAACUGCAGCUCAUCAUCAGCUACACGGGCUCCAACUGCAGCCACCAAGUCCAGCAGGAGCUGUCUGGGACGUUUGCUCACCUCUGCCAGCAAGUGGACGUCACCCGCGAGAACCUGGAGCAGGAAAUUGCCGCCAUGAACAAGAAAAUUGAAGUUCUCGAUUCCCUUCAGAGCAAAGCAAAACUGCUCAGGAAUAAGGCCGGUUGGCUAGACAGUGAGCUCAAUAUGUUCACGCACCAGUACCUGCAGCCCAGCAGAUAGUGGAUGGCAGACAGACCUGCAUGGAGGAGGGCAGUGCCACCUGCCCUCGGUGACGUGUGGCCCCCAGGGCGUCAGCUCCGGUCCCUGGCCCCCACCUCAAGAAUGAAAGCACCCACUGUCUCGUGCCCCCUGCCCCUUGCUCCAGCAGGAAGACCUCUGGCCAGGCCCAGAGGAGGCUUCAGCGACGGCCCGACAACAGUGUACCGGGAGUCCUGCCAGGCCUUGCUCUGCUCAUUGAGUCACUGAAAGUCAUGUGUCUGCUUGCAAAGGUUUCGCGAUGUCCACCUUGCAGAUCAACUGAUGGCAGCCUUCCUCUGGCCCUGCACACUGUCCCCCUUGCACCCCAGCACACCCAUAGAGCAGCCACUUUGUCCGUGGCUGGGUUCCCUUCCCAGAAGCAUCUGGAGUAGCUGCAGAAAGGCUGAGUCUGGCUGUGCAGACUUGCAUUGUAGUGGAGAGGGCUGGUCUGGCCUGGGUGGUCAAAGGAUGUAGAAGGAGGAAGGCGGAAGGUGGGGGCAUUGGCCCUACUCAGGAUGGCUAGAGAGUGCAGUUGGCACGGAACAGGGCCCCCGUUUGACCUUGCUCUGUGAGGGGUACACGGGCCUGACAGCCCCCAGCCCCCUGACUUCCCCAAGCCACCCUGGGCCUCUGGGCCUUCGGACUGCUUCCCGUGCCAGCGAUCCACAUCGGGCAGAGCCAUGGUGGGAAAGUGGACCCCUUCCCCCUUUUCUCUUGGACCCCAGAGCCUCCCUGGACAAAUCUGGCCUUGUGUUGACUUUGAGAACUGGUUCCUGUUGAGUUUUUGGAUUGUUACUAGUCAGAGUGGGGGAAGUUUCUGUCCCCAUGGUGAUAACCGGGAAGAGCAGGGCCUGGGCAGAAUGUUGUAGAAGUAAGCAGCCGCCUCCCAGGAAGAAGGCCCAGGGCGGGGCUCAGCACGGGGAGCUGGCCCUGCUGGGUUUUAAUCCGGUUGUCACCUGUCUGGGGAAACCAGGUUGGUGGCCACACGGGGGCCGCCUUUGAGUGCUCACUCCUUCAGACCCUCAGUCUCCCCCAUGUGGGACAGAGUGGCCGGCUAGGCCAGCAACAUCGUGUAACGGGAGGACAGAUGGGGGUCACCUCACAGCAUGUCAGGAAAAAUCUGUCACCCAAUCCCAAUUUUGGGGGGGGGGGAAUGAAUUUUUUUCACCAUAGCCCCUAGGGAAUGAAUGAAAUUUUGAGCUUCUUACAGAACAAGUAAAAUUAAAUUUGUACCACUGAGAGAGAGAGACCUUUUCUGAAAGAAGUGUGGCAGAAAGCACUUUAAUUUAAUGCUGCUGUCUCUGUUGUGUUGAUGCUCAUUUGCAGGAGCACGAGACAUGCUUGACAGUUUCUCCCUGACGUAUUUAAGGUGAUGUCCCUACCUGAUUUACUCCUCUACCCUUGCUGAUAACAUUGGAAACUAAAAUAAAGCCAGUUGGAACCCUG